UCCGAUCCGUUCCCAACUCGAUUUUUAGGCAUUUGUCUCGAGUCCGCUUACAUUUCCAAAAAUUCGGGAAAAAACCUCCCGUUAGGGGCGGUGCACCGCGGGUAUCGGGCCGUGCGGGGCAAAUUGCCAUCCCUACUUUAGUUUCAGAAGCGGAGCCGAAGCAACAGGCAACGGGUCAAAUAGUCUCAGGCCCAGAGUCAGUUCCUGCUUAGCAUUUUAAUCAUUCAACGCCGGGGUUCGAAUCGUCAAGGAAUGCCGGUGAGAGUGGCUGAGAGCUCUGCACCUUCUCAGGUUUCAGGUGCAAAUUCUGGGCAGACCACACCACCAGCUUGUACGCUUUUAAGUGUUGGACAGGCCUUUUCUGGUACUCAGAAUGUUUCCAGUUCGCAAAAAGAUGAAGCAUGGAAAGUAAAUGUCUGCAUACAAGGAUGUGACCUUGAACAUGGUUAUCUUUGUGGCACAAUGGAAGCUCUUAAUGUUCCUAUGGCGGACACACCGGUAGUAACAUUUUGGGAAGGAGAGAUUGUUGACACCAAGAACUAUACCUUCUUCACUGGCAAAUGGGAAGCAAAACCAGAGGAUGACAUUAGGCAUUGGAUUAAGUUUCCUUCUUUUGCUCCCUUACUUAGCCAGGUAGAGGUUGACGGUGGCAAAUCUUUGGACCUUAGUAACUGCCCAUAUAUAUUUAUGAGAUGGAAAGAGCAGUACUUUGUAAAUGUUGGAACAGACUGCGGGUUGACCAUAGCUGGCUUUUACUACGUAUGCUUCUCAUGUAGUGAUGGCUCCAUUAAUGGCUUCUAUUAUGAUCCUAAUAGCAGCCCAUUUCAGAAGCUAGAGUUAAAAUCCACCAAUGAGGGAAGAUUCAGCUUUUCAUCGUAUGAGUUGCAAUAAGAUGGAAAAUAGGUGUUUCUUCUGAUAGUUCGCUGCUGAAUGAACCUAUGGAGCUGAAGAAAUUUAUUGAUUUACAUCUAAGAACUUUGGAUUAUUUGGAGGCUGGCAUUGAUUCUAGAAGAAUUUUUCUGCAAAACUUUAGAAGCUGUUGAUUUGUUUUUGUUUGUGACAUUUCUCUUGUAUAGUUGCAUAUGUUGUUAUCCAUUAUGACAAGUAAUUUGUAUGUGAUUAGUAUGUUGUUUGCUGUUAUCUUCUGAGUCUGUCCAUCAAUUUGUAUCCUUGUUAUGUAUAUAUAUGCAUACGCAAACACAUCUACAUAUACUUAUGGACAGGAGUUAUAAUUGCUAGAACCAUUACAUGCUGGCAACAAUGUAAUGAUAUCUACAUUUGAAGGCGCAUUGGUUAUUGGUAUUGGGAA